AUGAGCCGGAGAACUUUCGAAAGCCCAAUGGACUGGGAAUACCAGAAUAGUAGCGGGCCUCUGGAUAUGUCCAGUCCCUUUUCCCAAGUACCUCGCCAACCGUUCGGCACCUCGUCCUUUGGUGCAGCCUCGCCCUCACGGGCAACCAAGUUGACCAACCCCUUCGCAUCGAAGACCCCGAGCGGACUCUCACAGCCUGGUCCUCCUUCACCGUCAAAACAAUUGUUUCCGAGGCCGCCCAGCUCAUCCUUUUUCAAGCCGCUCGCUGCAAGGCAAUAUCCAGCGGCGUCAGCGUUCCGCAAUCCCUCCUUUACAACUCCCCAAAAACGGCCUGAUGAUGCCAUGUCUGAGUACUCGGGCGCCGAAGAGAGCCCAGCAAUGGCCAGCGACGUGUCUGAAUUGCCGGGCGACACACCGGACGACCACGAGAGAUAUAGCCAGACGCCUGCAUCAGCAGUGGGUCGCAGACUCUUCUCGGAAAGAAGCCAGUCUGUGUCAACAACUACAGGUCAUACCCCUGGCCGCGGCGAGGUACCACGAGGCGCUUUGGAAGCCUUCUUCAACCGGAGGGACAAGGUGCGGAAGCGGAAGCGACAGAUGGGAGACAGGGAUGUUGGCAGUGUUCGAAACCGCUUCAACGCAGCCUAUACAUCUGAUGAAGAAAGCGACGACACAGACAUGAGCGAACGUACCGCCGGGGACAGGCGGGAAAGACGGCUCUUCAGCAAAAACAAGCACUCUACAGACUAUGCUUCCGGGGGGGCAGAUCGGGGCUUUAUUGGCAAUCUGUUUGCGGCGAUCCAUGAACACCCAAAUGUGCCAUUGAUCUUGUCGUGGUGGGUGCAGCUGGGCAUCAACGUCUUCCUGGUCUCGGUCUUCAUGUGGUUCGUAUGGGGCGGUAUCUCGAUGAUGCGCGCAGAUAUAUCCUAUGCCGCAGAUGCCGCACGAUCAAGGCUCCUAGCAGAUAUGAACGCUUGCGCACACGAGUAUACCAAGAAUCGGUGUGCGCCCAAGACGGAACGGCUGCCGGCGCUGAAUGUGGUGUGUGACGAAUGGGAGGUGUGCAUGAACCAAGACCCAUCGAGCGUCAUGAAGAUGCAGGUGUCGGCCAAGAACGUGGCCGAGAUUAUCAAUGAGUUUGUUGGUGCUAUGAGUAUCAAGGCAUGGGGCUUCAUCAUAUCAGCCAUGUUAGCCAUGGUGCUUGCCAGCAACCUGGGCUUCAGCCGCUUCCGCGAGACGGCCUUUGUGAGCCAAGCCAGCGGCAAUGCAGCAGCACACCGGCCAUAUGCAUCUCAGCCAGCCGGUGCCCCAAUGAUGCCAGCAUCCCAAGACCCAAACCAGGCUUAUAUCUGGGCGCCCAUUGGCCAAACACCCCGGCAUAUUCGCCGAGAAUUCAUGCCCGGCACUCCCACAGAUACGGAAAUGUCGCCAGAUGCACCACGGGCGGCUAUCAUGGCAGCACCCCAGACACCAUCGUUCCGACGGAGUCCUAGCAAGGGUGAGCGGAGCCGGAGCCCAACAAAGGUCAGGUACCGCAGCCCAAGCAAGGGCCAUUGA